UAGGAAAUCUUUUAAAGAAUGAGACACAAAUCUCUCACCCUUUUUUCUUAUCAUUAAUAACUCCUCUCCACCCCCAACCCCAAAAGCCAUUCAAUUUAUUUCCCUCUUUCAUUUAACAAUGUGCUUCCUAUUCUCUCACUUUAUACCAAUUCCUGCCCACUCUCUAACCAAAAAAAACAAAAGCUAAAACAAAGAGCUUCAUCAAGAACCAUAGCAAUGGACUUUGACCUUGAAAAUCCAUUGCCAUUUAGCCAUGACCCUACUCAUGCAGACACUAUUUCUACUCUUUUCAACAUUGAAAUUGAUCAUAUGCCAUCUAAACCUUACCAUCAAAAACUCGAAAACUCGGAUUUUCGCAUCACCAUUCGUGAAACAACCAUUUCUAUAAUCUUACAAAUUUCUCAUCCCUUUGAUCCAUUUCUCUCAUAUCUUGCCAUUAAUUAUCUGGACCGCUUCCUUUACUUCCAUUCACUAUCGGAAGGGAAGCCAUGGAUCUUGAGGCUGAUUGCUGUUUCUUGUGUUUCAUUAGCAUUGAAGAUGAGCAAAACAGAGUACUCUGUUACUGGCAUUCAGCAAGAUGGUGGUAUAAUAUUUGAUACAAAGACGAUAAAGCGUAUGGAGUUUUUGAUUCUUGGGGGCCUAAAAUGGAGAAUGCGCUCAAUCACUCCCUUCGCUUUCAUUAAUUUCUUCAUAUCUUUGUUCAAAUUCAAAGAUCUGCCGUUACAACAAGCACUCAAAGGUAGAGCCACUGAGAUUAUAUUCACAGCUCAAAAUGAGAUCAAGAUUUUGCAGUUCAAGCCAUCAAUAAUCUCAGCUUCAGCUCUUCUCUCUGCUUCUCACGAGCUUUUCCCAUUACAAUUCCCAUGCUAUAAAUCUGCUAUCCUAAACUGUUCAUAUGUACAUAAGGAUGAUUUGUUAAGUUGCUAUAAUGUGAUGCAAGAGAUAGCAAAGGAGGGAUAUGAGUCAGUACUAGGCAUAGCAUCAAGCACGAGCACGCCAGUCAACGUGCUUGACCUGCACAGUUGGAGUUCAGAUAACGAGCCAAUUGAAGAUAAUACUAUACUUAAUGCAAAUAGCAAUGCCAGGCAAGAGAACAACUUCAAACGUCGAAAGAUUAUUACUACUACUAUUGAAUGACAACAGUUAAAUUCAGCUUUCUACACAGCGUUGGUAUUGAUGUUUGAUAGAGAUAUUAAGCUAUCAAUCUGAAACGUAUUUUGAUGAAAACGAAGCAGUGUAGUGGUGACCACUGCAAGAGUUAAAAAGAUAGCAUCAGGCGAAAAAGCUUAACAAGCCAACUAGUAUGUAUACCUAUAUGUGGCCCAUUGGAGAGUGACACUAGCUUAGCUUUUUUGCAUCAAAAAACUAAAAACGAAAAGAAAAAUAGUACUCUUAUUAAAGGGGUAAUUGAGGAUUAAAAAAAAAAAAAAAAAAAAGGAACCAAAAGAAGGAGGAGAUAUUGUGGGUUGGGAAUGGUUUGUUUGGUUGGUGACUUUGCUUUGUAUGAAUGUGGAAAAAAGGCAAAAAGACUUGAAAAGGAAAAAGAAUAAGAAGAAGCGAAAAGAGAUCAGAGAAUAAUGAAAAUGAGUUUUAUUUCCUUUUGUUUUAUUGGGAAGAGAAAAAAGAAACAAAGAGAACGAGGGAUGUUAAUGUGUUCAACUUUUUAAAGUUGUUUCAUGUUGGUGAUGGGGCUCUUAUUUGGUUGCAAAUUAGAGAAUAAACUGUAUUGUAAUGCCAUUCUAGCUUGACAUUUUACCUAUUUUAUUAAUGGCUUUGUUUCAUGA